AUGGACUGUGGCAGUGAUACUCAGUUGGCAUUAAAUAUACAAAUAGAAGAAUUGGAAAAUGCUGAACUCCGUUCAAGAGUUCUAAAUUCUUCUCAAUAUUUAGAACUCCUGUGUCUUUACCUUCGAAGCGAUGAUAUCAUGGGUGCUCGCUUCCUGUGGAAACGAAUCUCACCCGACAUCAAAGCCUCACAGCCAUAUCUUAAGAGUGUUUGGGACCUUGCCGUUCUCCUCCUUAAGCAUCAGCACCCACAAUUCCUCACUGUCUGCCAAGGAGUCAUGGGCGCGGCUGAUCUGCCCUCUUUCGCUCGUGUGCAUCUUUCAGAGGUGUAUCAGCGGAUACAACGCUCCACACUAGAUCUAAUAAGAUCAGCUUACUCCUGCAUAUCUGUCGCAGAUGUGUGCGAGUUACUGAGGCUCCCUGAAGGGGAUGCCAUCUCUCUAAUGCAAGGCUGGACCCUCUCCUCUGAUGGGCUUUAUUUAACGGAGCCCUCCGUCACUGACAAGCCUGCACACUCGGUCGACAAUAACUUACUUAACUCGGAGCUCAUGGCGAAGCUGACAGAAUUUAUGUCCAUCCAAAUUCUUAAAUCCGAGUCCCCACUCGUGAUCGUAAUCCCCCAUCGUCAAUGCUUUCCCGCAUGUGUUCGUCUCAGGCUGGCCGCGGCCUUAGACCAGGGUACACCGCCGAAUAACACCGGGGGGUGUUGGCUCGACUCUCUGCUGCCUUUGCUGUGUCCUCAAUGCCCGUUCCAUGCCCGCAACCCCGUUUCCCUUCGCCGGCAUGCCUGGAGUAACCACCUGGACAGCGAUCAAAUAUUCCAGAGCCGUUUUUAUUCAUGCUCGAAAUGUACGGCCACAACCACCGACCUCAACUGCCUUCGUGCGCACUACAGUCGUGUACAUGGGUUGCACAGUUCCGAUGUCAAAGUUUUGGUCAACUGGAUUACGCUCACACGUGACACGAUUGCCCACCAUGCGACACCACCAGCCAGUGCGUUCACCGAGGUUGACGACGCCACUCCGCCAGUGAAGGAAGCGGGCCUCCAGGAGGCAGAGGGGCCUGUGCUUUCGCCCUCCUCCCCGUCCCCAUCCCCGUCGUCGCCGUCACCCCCCCGCACCGCUGCACCGGCCCCCUCACCGCCCCGUCAGCAGCCGCGACCCCCAUCGCACGACUGGUCGCAGCUCAUCAGUCGCGUGGACAAGAAGUUCUCCUGCCUCCUGUGCACCACAGCCACAGCCACGCCCUCCCUGUACCAGUACAAUGGCCGCACUGAAGUUGUUUUCCACGUGGUCACUCGCCACUUGCUUAGAAAAGAAAUCGAAGAUGACCUUUCCCAAUACGGAAGGCUUACAACCCAAGUAAAACAUCAGAUUGGUGGUUAUUUUGCUGACGGGAUGCACAUUCGCUCUGGAGUCCACUACAAGGAUGCAGAGCGUGUCGAAGCCGCUCUGUUUUUGUCCGUCGAGUUACACCUUCGCUGGAAAGUGGCUCCAGGAGCCAAUGCAACGACACCACCACAGAAACAGUUCACUUGCUCUGGUUGUCAAGCGAUUUUCCACAACGAGCAGGUUGCCGUGACUCACGUAAACCACGAGCUACGGAAUCAGUUGCCGGAGUUCAUGCGUGCACGUUCCUGUCCCUGGUCACUUAGUACUCGCGAUGAGUGGGUCUGGUGUGUUCCCGAUCUCGUGCCAUCCAACAAACCGUCUCCACCCACCGCCAGUCCCGUCCCCUCUCGUCCCUCGCAUCACGGUGGGGACCGCUUCCCGGGCUCGUCUGGUUUCGCGCCUUCCUGCGAUCCCUUUUCCGCGGCUGCUCUCUCCAUGGAGGGCGUCACGUCGAAGACCAUACUCUUUGCCAAUACUAGCUCCAACGACACACCGAGUUCUCGUCGAAUCUGA